UGUAGAACCCAAAAGAGCCUCAAGAGAAAGAAGGGCUCGCAGAAACCCUCCUCACUCUCCCUCUCUCUUCCUCCUCCUUCUUCAUCUGUUCCAUUAGAGAGUUAUCCUUACUCCUCAUUCGAUGGCUUCAACAAAUCUCUCAUCCCUUUCUUCAUCAUCAACAAUAAACCUUCAUCAGCAUCAGCAUCUUCACAAAGCCCCUCUGCUUAAACCCUUCCAAUCUCCCAAUCUUACAACCCCAAAUUCAUUUCAAUCAGUUUCUUUCAUUCCAACUAAAAACCCUAUUAAUAUUUCAUGCAAAAGUAGAAACCCCAUUUCGGAUUUCGCUUCAGAUGAUCACUUAACCCACUCUGUUCAGAUUUAUGAUGAUGAUGUUGACGAUAAAUUAAGAGAAGAAUGUGGUGUUGUAGGUAUUUAUGGUGACCCAGAAGCUUCAAGACUAUGUUACUUGGCUCUUCAUGCUCUUCAACAUCGAGGGCAAGAAGGUGCUGGAAUUGUUACAGUUAAUGAGAACAUACUCAAAUCAAUUACUGGGGUUGGUUUAGUUUCUGAAGUUUUUAAUGAAUCAAAACUUAAUCAACUUCCUGGUGAUUCGGCAAUUGGUCAUGUGCGUUAUUCAACUGCUGGUUCUUCAAUGCUUAAAAAUGUUCAACCUUUUGUUGCUGGUUACAGGUUCGGUUCUGUUGGUGUGGCUCAUAAUGGAAAUCUGGUAAACUAUCGUUCUCUAAGAGCUAAACUUGAAGAAAAUGGUUCAAUUUUUAAUACUAGUUCUGAUACAGAAGUUGUUCUUCAUUUAAUUGCUAUUUCAAAAGCUAGACCGUUUUUACUUAGAAUUGUUAAUGCUUGUGAACAACUUGAAGGGGCUUACUCAAUGGUGUUUGUUACUGAAGACAAGUUAGUUGCAGUUCGUGACCCGCAUGGGUUUCGUCCAUUAGUUAUGGGCAGAAGAAGUAAUGGUGCUUAUGUUUUUGCUUCCGAAACUUGUGCUUUAGAUUUGAUUGAAGCAACAUAUGAGAGAGAAGUUAAUCCUGGUGAAGUGAUUGUUAUUGAUAAAGAUGGUAUACAAACCCUUUGCUUAAUGCCUCAUUUUGAACCAAAAUCGUGUAUCUUUGAGCAUAUUUAUUUUUCUCAACCAAAUUCAAUUGUUUUUGGACGGUCAGUUUAUAAAUCAAGAAAAGAAUUUGGUGAGAUUUUAGCAACAGAAGCUCCCGUUGAUUGUGAUGUUGUAAUAGCAGUCCCUGAUUCCGGGGUUGUUGCUGCACUAGGGUAUGCAGCAAAAGCCGGGGUUCCAUUUGAACAAGGUUUGAUAAGAUCACAUUAUGUUGGAAGAACAUUUAUUGAACCAUCACAGAGAAUUCGAGAUUUUGGAGUGAAAUUGAAACUUGCACCUGUUAAGGCUGUCAUAGAAGGUAAAAGAGUUGUUGUUGUGGAUGAUUCAAUUGUUAGAGGAACAACUUCUUCGAAAAUUGUUAGGUUACUGAAAGAAGCUGGAGCAAAAGAAGUUCAUAUGAGAAUUGCUAGUCCACCAAUGGUUGCUUCUUGUUAUUAUGGAGUUGAUACACCAAGUUCCGAAGAGUUGAUUUCAAAUAGGUUGAGUACUGAAGAAAUUAGGAAGUAUAUUGGAUCUGAUUCACUUGCUUUUCUGCCGUUUGAUAGCUUGAAGAAUUUACUCAAAGAAGAUUCAUCUUCAUUUUGUUACGCUUGUUUCACCGGGAAGUACCCUGUUGAACCACCAAGCAUGGAGGUUAAAGUGAAAAAAGUUGGUGACUUCGUCGAUGAUGGAGUGAGUGGAACUUUAAAAACUAUCGAGGAAGGAUGGGUUCAAGUGCCUAGAGAUCAGACAGCUACUAAGGUUUAAUUAAUCCUCAUUUCUUUCGGUUUUUAAUGUUUUUUUUUGUUUCUAUAGCAACGUGUUUGGUUUAAUUCGGUGAAACUAGAAGAAUACAGGUGGUCUGUAGGAACUGGGUAUUUUUCAAGCAUAUUCAUUGCAUGCCAUACUCUCCUUAGAUGAAUGCAUUAGGUUAAUCCCACAGUUGAUGUUGUAUCUUUUAGUUUGAUGGAUAAAGGGCGUGUGGUAAUACACGUGAAGAUAUCUACUUUAUUUCUUUUAGUUUAAUGAAUGGAUUAUCUACUCUUUUUUUUUCUUUUC